CGGACCCUUUUUGGCCUUCCUUGGUUCCUUCAAUCCCUGAGGAAAUGAGGUACGAACACGGAACCUUACGGAUAUCACAAAAGACCUCGACAACCGCAAUAAUCACUAUGUAGCUCCCCACUCCUAAUGUUGACUUUGACUUUCAAGAUCAGUAAUGUGGUUUUUCCUCGCGAGCUUGGUCCUAUUGUACCUACCCACUCGUUGCAAUCUAGAGCAUUCCUUAUUCUCCCGCUCGUCUUCCUUAUUUUUUAACUUCGGAAUACUUAGGCGCUGGUAUUCUCGUUCCAGUCAACUUAACCCUCCGCUCGACACCUUUACGGCCACGACUGCCUUUCUUAGUCGUCUUUCCAACACACUUGUGUUGUUGCCAACGUUGCACUCGGUCUUUGGACGAUUUUGUUUGUACGCGUUGCAUUAACUUUUCUACUCAGUGCAG